UCGCAUCGCCAUUGGCGUUGACCGUCGACGUUACAUAUGGAAAUUGCUCCCGUAUAAAUGUCGUCUCGGGUCUAAUUCGACCAUGCGCGCAAUGUUACAUUAACAUUCGUGGCGAGAUCGUAGUUGGGGAAUCGGGAUAGAUCGCGGCUUCCAGUCGAUGUCGACGGUCCUCGACGGGCUCUUGACGGGCGCGAUUCUCCGAAAGUACUCCCGCCUGAACUUGUACAAUCUUCCGAUUCACCCGGUGCGCGAGCAUGUUCUUAUCCGAUCUCGAUUCGACUGCUCGUUCAUUAUCAUCGUUUAACGAAGCAAAAGAUCGGUAAAUUCGUACGACCGUCGCUGAACCGUUGUCGUCGACCGCGACGUCGUAAUCGUCGCGUGGUCAGUGCAAGCGCGAACUGCGUAUCGAAAUCAGUACAAAAUGAGAAGCGCGGGUUUGGAUCGGUACAACAACGACGAUGACGACGACGACGACGACGACGACGACUUUUUCAGCGGUGGCCCGUGUCCCUCGUGUCGAUUGGCUGUCAACAAGGAGACCGGUCGACUCAAGUGGUGCAUGGGCGGAAACGAUACUUGGCGGUUUCGCGUGAAAUUGAUGCUGUUGAUUCCUGCCGUUUUACUGCCGAUCACGAUAAUCUUCAUCGCUCUGUCGCGGUCCCAGGUGAUCGGCAAGGCUCCCCAUCACCGUACGUACUUGGUACACACGACGAGAAGACAGGACGAGAAGAUCGAGGAGAUCCUCCCGCCGACCAGCCGCGGCGAGACGGAGCGGGCCGGUGAAGAAGAGGAAGAAGACAGAAGCCUGAUACCUGGGAUGAAAACCAGCUACGUGCCGGCGGAAACGUUGCUUCCCUCGAGACGGCUGUAUCGUCGCAAGAGAGAUCUGGACGGGGGAGAAUCGGUAGAUGGUCAGGUCGAAGAAGUAGACGAUCCAAGUUCUGACAAAAAUUUAGAUAACUUCCUGGACGAUUAUUAUUACUCCGAGACAGGCGCCGAAGACCAGGUCAAAGAAAAUCUCGAAAUACACAGCAACGACUACCGAGAGUACGACGACGACGACGACGACGACGACGACGACGACGACGAAUGCGCUCGUAAGAACGAGGAGGUACACUCGAAAUUGUUCAACGGGAAGUACGACGAUAUCGAGGAACGUUCGCAGGACGAGUCGGACGAGGGCGAGCUAGGUGGCAGGCGGUUGAUCUCGGACACCAGUCUGCCCAUAUCCGAUGAUGAUGAUGAUGAUGAGCAGCAGCAGCGACUCGAGAACGAAGCGGAUACGGAUUUCCACACGUUUUGGAAAGGCGAAGGGAACGCGCGUGCCAUCAGGGAGGCUCAAGCAAAAAUUAUGACCGAGUACAUGGACAGAAGCGCCGAUCCUUGCGAGGAUUUCUAUCAGUUCGCCUGUGGUAACUGGGCGAAGCACAAUCCUAUUCCCAAAGACAAGGCUGCCUACGACACUUUCGAAAUGAUUAGAGAAUCGUUGGACUCCGUGUUGAAGGAGCUGCUGGAGGAUCCCAUACCGAGAGACUCUGGACCGAACACGAACGACGCGACGGUGAAAGCCAAAUAUUUGUUUCGCAGUUGUAUGAAUUACGAGAUCUUGGAGCAACGCAUGGAACGGCCGCUCAUACAGCUUCUGGACGAACUCGGCGGUUGGCCGGUACUAAGACCCGACUGGGAUCCAGAGAAAUUCGACUGGCUACUCCUCGUGGCACAACUGAGGCUUUACAAUAAUGACAUUCUCAUUUCCGAGUGGGUCGCGCCGGACAUCAAAAACAGUGAUCAGUACGUGAUUCAGGAGAGAAUUCAAUUACAGUUCGAUCAGACGUCGUUAGGUCUACCUACGAGAGAUUACUUUCUCCAACCAUCGAACACGAUCUAUCUGAAAGCGUAUAAGAAUUAUUUGAUAAAAAUCGCCACUCUGCUGGGCGCGUCCUUGCAGAAUGCCACCCUGGACGCUGACGAACUGAUAGAGUUCGAAACGAAACUUGCCAAGAUAACAUCCUCUCCCGACGAGAGGAGAAACGUCUCGGAACUGUAUCAAAGGAUGAGCAUCGGUGAAUUGAGAACUCUGGUGCCUCAAAUUAAUUGGCAUCGAUAUUUGACCAUUGUUUUGGCGCGACCGACGAACCUUUCCGAGCCCGUCGUCGUCUACGCCUUGCAAUACGUCCAGGAUCUGGUGAACCUACUCUCGAAGACCAGGCCGCGAACGAUUGCCAAUUAUCUCCUGUGGCGGUUCGUCAGGCACAGAGUCAACAAUUUGGACGAUCGGUUUCAAGAAGCUAAACAGAAGUUUUAUUACAUUCUUUUCGGAAGAGAACAGGCGCCGUCGAGGUGGAAGAAUUGCGUGGCGCAAGUGAACUCUAACAUGGGCAUGGCCGUGGGCUCGAUGUUCGUAAAGAAAUAUUUCGACGAGAAAAGCAAAAACGAUACGCUGUCCAUGACCCGAGAGAUACAAAAAUCGUUCAGAGAACUACUGAAUCAGACUACGUGGAUCGACGACGAGACGAAAGAACUGGCUACGGAGAAAGUGAACGCGAUGCUAUUGAGAAUCGGUUAUCCCGACUUCAUACUACAACCCGAACUGUUGAACGAGCGUUACAAGGAUGUGGUGAUCCGCCCGGACAAAUAUUUCGAGAACACAUUGAACAUUUUGCAACAUUUGACCAGAGUGGAGCAAGACCGGCUCGGCAGUCCCGUGAACAAAACCCUGUGGAACACCGCACCGGCGGUGGUCAAUGCUUAUUACAGUCGCAGCAAAAACAGGAUAAUGUUUCCAGCUGGCAUACUACAGCCGCCCUUUUAUCACAGAUACUUUCCACGGAGUCUGAAUUUCGGCGGGAUCGGAGUCGUGAUCGGUCACGAAAUUACGCACGGAUUCGACGACAAGGGCCGACUGUUCGACAAGGAUGGUAAUCUCCAUAGAUGGUGGAAAGACGGGGCUAUUUAUGGCUUUCACGAACGAGCCCAAUGCCUUAUCGACCAGUACAGUCGCUACACCGUCAGCGAAGUUGGAAUGCAGAUCGACGGGAUCAACACGCAGGGUGAAAAUAUCGCGGACAACGGCGGCAUUAAACAAGCUUUUCGAGCUUAUCAAAGAUGGUUACGCGCUAACGGAGAUGUCGACGAAGCUCUGCCCGGUUUGAACGCGACUGGCAAGCAACUGUUCUUUUUGAACUUUGCCCAGGUUUGGUGCGGCUCGAUGCGACCAGAAGCUACCAGAAACAAAUUGAAGACAGCCGUUCAUUCGCCCGGCAAGUUUCGCGUGAUUGGCACCUUGUCGAAUUCGGAGGACUUUGCCGAAGUGUUUCAUUGCCCGUUGGGCGCGCCCAUGAACCCAGUCGACAAAUGUUCCGUGUGGUGACCACGGAACGUCGUCUCUUUCUUCCUUUUCCAUAUAAGUUUCGUAGUCGUUCCUCGUCCAUCGUCCUAAAAAUUGAGGAGAGGACGACGACGACGAUGCGAUUCGAAAACGAUGAACGUGGGAUCAAUUUUUUGGCGAGAAAACGAAGCAGCGAACGACAGGCAAGGUGAAAACCUUCGGUCGGCCGAUCCUUUCGUCGUUCCGUCGAAGAUAUUUCGUUAACCGGAACGGGAACAUAUUUUAGUACUGUAGUGCUUUUAACGUUAGUUGCUGUAGAGCGUACAACUUGUACCGAACUUUACGUCGAAACAGCUGCGCUGUUUAAAGUCCAAUUAUAACAGAAAUACCUACUGAAGAGAAUAAUAAUAAUUUCAGACAGUCAUAAAAA